AUGUUUCUGUCUCUUCCUACAUUGACUGUCCUUAUUCCGUUGGUCUCUUUAGCAGGACUGUCCUACUCAGCCUCCAUGGAAGAAAACUUCCCACAGGGCUGCACUAACACAACCAGCCUGUGCUUUUAUAGUCUGCUCCUGCCCAUUACCAUACCAGUUUAUGUGUUCUUCCACCUUUGGACUUGGAUGGGUAUUAAACUCUUCAGGCAUAAUUAA